GGGCACACACAUGGGUCUUUGGCUGUAUAUAGGUUUAUGCUUUCCGAAAGGAUGACUACGGACGGUUGUGAUUCUAUGGAGAACUUGCAAACUACUUUUGCAGAGAUGCUGGUCUCCAACACAUUGCCAAGACAUUGCGAAGACAAUGUCACCAAGAAUUCCAGUUGUGGAUUUGUAUCAAUUGGUUUCCCUAUAACCAUGAUGAUCACUGGCAUGGUGGGUAACUCAUUUGCUCUUAUUCUGGUGUGUAUCUCUUACAGAAAAAAGGAGAAUAAACGGAAAAGGUCGUUCUUGCUUUGCAUCGGAUCGCUGGCGUUGACUGACCUGUUUGGACAGCUUUUGACAAGUCCAAUCGUGAUAUCAGUUUACAGAGCUCAAUUGAAGUGGGAGAGCAUCGACUCAUCGGGCAGACUGUGCAGUUUUUUCGGUGUGUGCAUGAUAACUUUUGGCCUGUGCGCGCUCUUUUUGGCCAGUGCCAUGGCAAUUGAAAGAGCUUUGGCGAUAACAUGUCCCCACUGGUACUCCAGUCACAUGAAGACAAGUGUGACAAAGCAGACCUUGGCUGUCAUAUGGCUUCUCGUGUUGCUCUUUGCGCUGCUCCCCAUUGCAGGGGUCGGGGAGUACACACCGCAGUGGCCGGGCACCUGGUGCUUUAUCAGCACGGGGGACAGAGGCAAUAUGUUUUUCGCCAUCACUUUCGCUGUACUCGGGAUUUUCUCUCUGCUUGUUACACUCUCCUGCAAUGUACUGACGAUCCGGGGCUUAAUUAUCCGGUGUAAAACAAAGUCUGGCACGUCUCAGUCUUCAAGACAGUGGGAGCGGCUCACCACGGAGACCGUCAUUCAACUGUUAGGGAUUAUGUGCGUCCUGCUUAUAUGCUGGUCUCCUCUGCUGGUGCUGAUGGUGCGGAUGAUCUCCAGCCAGGUAUCCUCCCAUCAGUGCAAUUCAACAGCAAAGGAGAACCACAGCUCCACCCGGGAUGCCCAUUUAGACUGUAACUUCUUUCUGACAACAAUCCGCCUGGCCUCUCUCAACCAGAUCCUGGACCCAUGGGUCUAUCUGCUCUUCAGGGAGAUCCUCCUCCGUAAAUUCUGCAUCAUGGCUAAUGCCGUGUCCAAUGCCGUGUCCAACUGCUCCAUAGAGGACCAGAGGGAAACCCAAACAGCACUGGAUGCUCUUAACAAUAAGAACCAAGAAAGCAACAGCCUUCAUAAACCACAAGGUAGCUAAGUCAGGGUUUGACAGGAAUCACAAUCUUGUGACUUUGAAGCCAGGAUAGAUUGGAUGGAUGUGGUAUUGUCUUGGAUGUGUUGUAAAAAAAACAUAAUAAUAAUAAUAAUAAUAAUAAUAAUGAUGGAUGGAUUUUAUUUAUAAAGCGCUUUUCAUUCAAAAGAUUGCUACAGGUUUAAAAACUAGAAUGUAUUUAUCUGCACAGAAGGAUAUUGUGCACGGGGAGACAAGAGUAGCCUCUGUUGCAGUGUUAAUGAGAACCAGACACUUCUGCUCUGGGUGCAUUUGUUUUGCUUAAAACACAUUCCAUUCAGAAUCACCUAACCAGCAUGUGAACGCAUGACCAUGUCACCUCUUGUAUUUGGCUACAGUGUGGCUAACAGCUAGUUUUCUGUUUUAAUAACAUCUCCCAGGUCCAAGUAUUGUACAUGGGUGACACUACACUGGCUUAUAUGGAAGUGGUGCAUCUCAUGGUUUUUUUUUUGUUUUUGUUUUUGUUUUUUUUGAUGUGAGUCACUGCUUUCAACAACUUGAAGCCAUAAGCAAAUUGAAGGACAAAUGUUUCUUGUGAAUGUCAGUAAAUUGAAAAAGUGAAACCGUAUAUUGCUUAAAGUUGUAAAUAGCUUUGCCAUAUCUUACAUGAAAUGUAACCACUUUACUUAAAAAGGAAUUGCAGAAGAAUAAUGCAAAUUCUAAACUGGAGCCAAUUGUUGAUUGUAAGAAUAUUUAUUUUUGUGUUGUAGUAAUAUCAGUUGUUUCUGAGCUGAAUGCUAAUGAUGGUACCUUUUGGGAAUCAGUUGUUGUAAAUUUUAUAAUACACUGUACGUGGUGUUCCUCGGCCAGCAGCCAGGACCAUGAAAUGUGAAGCUUUCCCUCCUGAAUAGGAAUGCAAACUGUUCUGAAAUUAUUUUCUCAGCAAUUGUCUUUUCAGAAUAACUUCAAGGCCACUCUUAUGAAUGCCAAAGUGUGUGAGAGACGGGAGUUGUUUCUGUACUUACAGGGCUGUUACUAUCACUGUCAUUGAGUAAUCCCCGCCAGUGUUAGUGGGUUAAAAGUAAUUGUGGUCCGUACGUACACAAUGUGGACUGACAAGGGGACCUAAUUUCACCAGCCUUGCUCUUUGGAUACAAGACUGAUUAGAAAAAAAAUAAUGGAAUACUGUAGGGCAUGUCCAAACAGAGACAAUGCAAAAGAUUAAAAAGCUUUUUUGCUUCUGCAACUGCUACACACCGGAUCUGCUGUGAUUUCAAAACCUUACAUCAAGCUUUUAACAAUGUAAAGUGCUCACAUUAAAACACACCUACCAGUACACAGGGUUGUAACUGCAGGUACAGCCACAUUAAUUCAUUACAUACUUUCAAUUUUAUGGUGAUUGCCUUGGGCAUUUUGAAUGUGUCCCUCAGUAUUCCAUCAUUUUUCUUCUUACCUACCAAACCAUGUACUUGUAGCCCUGGUGCUACCUCUAAAUAGAAGUAAAUGUCCUCUAACAUGUACAAUGCAAUUUCUCUGAGGUCUCAGAUGAAAUCUGUGUACUUUUUUAAUGAGGUGGUUUGCUCCCUACUGACUAAAUGUAACUGAAGGAGAGUGCUGGUAGAAGUAAAUAUCAAUCCAUUCCUUUCACAAUGGUGUAAAUAAGUUUUUUUUUUUUUUUUGGUGGAUUAAUAUCUUUUUUUGCCUACUUUUUUUCUGGUGUAGCACCGUCUCAUUGCUGUAUAUACUGUAGAUGUAUCGUAAAGGUUGGUCAAAGACACCUCAAGGAUGGACACUUUUGCUGUCAUGGUAACCUUCAGGCUAUGGGACAAUGUCUCUCAUCACCACCAACCAACAACUCUGCCUUCUCACCACAGCAGCCAACAAGAUUAGACUAAUAUGCACUCUGCCUUGCCUGGUCUUGCCUUUACCUUUCAAAUGUGAGAAUACACACAAGCUCAGUGAUAGUGAUCCCAUAGGAAAUUAUUAUCUGCAACAUCCAUGUGAAAGAUGGGGAUUUUCUGUUUCCAUGUAUCUGCUUAUCGGCCAACAGAGAGUAGAGUUUAUCUUGUACUGAUUGUAAAGCCGGUCUGCCUUAGUAACCUACUCAAAGGAUUAACCUUGACUGGCGAGUCCAAAAGAAAACAUUGAAGGACACAAAACAUUUGUGUUGCACGGAAACAAAUGACUUGGCAUUAUUUAUGAUUAUUGUGGAGUUCAUUGCCAGCUGUGAGUGCGCAGCGACAUUUACAUAUGGUACCUUCCUUGUUAACGUGAAAAUACUAAUGUAUUCCUCAACAAGUAAUCAGUUUCAUUAACGUCUAUCACACUGACAUGAGCAGUGUUCAUUUUAAUGAAUGCUCCACUAAUUGAGCUUGUGGUGCUGCAUUAGGACUAUUUAUUCCUGGCAUAUGUUCGUGUUGUGGGUUUAAUUCAUGCUUUUAAAACAAUGACUACAUUUAUUCACGCACUGCUGCGGGAUAUGUUGGGUUUAUGAUUGAGUCAGGUUCCACUUAAAUCAGCUUCAUGUAAUUAUCUCAGUUUUCUGUCCAGGAGACUCUGAAGCUUCAUGCUUUUCAGUAAAGAAAAAAUAAUUACACAAAGGAACAUCCCCUUAAAGCUUGUUGGCCUUAUGUGCAGUUGUGGAUUUUCCAGGCUGUUACUGCCCGAGCACCACAGUGGAAAGCAAAAUGGAAGAAGAAUAAUUCAUGUCAUGUCAUCAUCUGCCACUUAUCUGGGUCUGGGUCACGGGGUUGACAGCACCUCCUACGUUCAAUACAACUGGGGCUGCUGCAAAGUUAUAUAAGAUUAAAAUAUCUGCAAACUGCAGUUUACUGAUCCACAAGGUGUAAUCUUCAGUGGAGAUGAUAAUUAAUAUUUAUUUCAAAGUGUUUCAGAGUUGAAUUUGCUUUCUGCUACAAACACGUUGUUCUAGUUGCAUAUUAGCCCCUUUCAGAAAAGUUUGGUUCAUUCACAUUUAUAAAUGGCUUUCAUCUGUGUAAGUAACAGGCCAUUUCAGCAGGCAAUUACACAUGAGAGUCCCGCACCCGCUCAGAGGGGAGGGUACAAUUACAUAAUGAUUCGAAAAAGGCUAUAUGAGGCCUGGAGAAUCUGGUGUUGCCAGCUGGCUCCAUCUCACUCACUCAAGUCACUAAUGCAUGGAAGUGAUGUACUGAAUCUUUCACGAGCUGAGGGGUGACUUGAUAUUUUGAGAUUUCGAGACAAGAAGACAUAAGAUUGUUUCUGAUUAAAAUGUUUUAUUAUUUUAUAUUUUGCUUUUGUGUUCACUUUUUUAAACGUGUUUUCCAAAUACUGAAAAAAUGGCUCAAUCAAGUGUUUAUUACACAAAUAUGCUGGCUAUAUUGUGACAACUUCCUUGGAAAUCCUACAGUCUGAUGUGUUAUUAUUGUCAUAAUUUAAUCUAUGACUCUUGUAAAAUAUUGUGCCAUAACAAUAACUGCACUCUAGUAUCCUAAAGCGGGGUAGAAAAACAAAACAAAAACAAACAAAAAAACGUGCCAUUUCUACUAACCCUUUGAACUUUGACAGAUUUUGUUUUUUUUUUAUGAAAAUCUGAUAACAGAUACGGUUACAUUCUAUAAAAGAGAGAUUGGGUGUCCUUUCUAGAAGGAACUUGAUGACUGGAAAAUAACUUUCUAGUCUCUUAUCUCUGUGUUAUCAAAAAAUCACAGACCAGCCCAGCGAGUUAACAUGUUGCGAGUAGUUCAUUGAUAAGGUACAUGAUGAUCCUUUUAUAUUUCAACACUGGCUUUAAGCUCUGGCUUCGAAAGAUAUUUCCAGAUUUACAUACAAUAAAGGGACAAAAGUCAGUCAAGUGUAAUCACUGUGUAAUUGGUAAGAACCAACCUGGCAGGUACAAAGAGUGAAGUUAAAGAGCAUGUGAUGGUGUCACAUGUGCAUACAGUACAAUGGAAACCAGUUUGACCCACCAGCCAGCGCUCUGCUGGUGAAUGUAAAUAAAGACUGGAUGUCUAUCAGAUGUCCAUCUCCUUUUGUUCACAUGCCUCUGUUCAUAUGUUUGCUAAUGAAUGUUAAACAAGAAAUCAGUGCACUUUGACUAAAGUUUCUCCAAACUCUGGCCACACAACUCUCGGAUGAGGGCUAUCUUCACACUUUCACACAGUUCCAGUUUCUUGGUCCGUGCUCUUCUUCUGUGUGACGUGAAGAAUGCUCUAAAUUUUGCAACCUUUUGAACUUUUUUCCUUCAGAUAUUUUGACAUUUCUGCCAUCAAUAGAGUUACGUAACAUGUUGUGAUAAAAAGAAACUUCAACCAACCUUUCAAAGUGCCCUUUCAGUACUUUGUGUCUUUGUUCUCUACUUGAUUUGUAUCAGUUCAACAUGCAAUGCACUAUUGUUACUGUGUUCUUGGCUUAUGUGAUAGUUUAAUAUUGUUAUUCUAUUAAAGGACAUGAACAUAUUUUUUCAAUAUGUGUUGGGCUUUUGUGGCCACUGAAGCCUGUUUUGUUUGUUAAAUAUUUAUACGUCUUCACUGUCACAGUAAAGUAACAAGUAAUGUAAGUGGAGUGUACAGUGUUUUCAGCGAGGAGUGUGCCUCCUGACUGAACUCUGGUUUGGCGGUUUAUAUUUUCAAAAACUGAGGAAUUGGGAUGUGUGGGUGCCCAGUGGUCUAGAACUCAUACCACUAAUCCACCAAGUUCCCAGUAUGGCAAAGGACAUUUCAUGCAUGUUUCUCCCCACUUUCACAGUCACACUCUACUUUGAACUGUGCAAUAAAGGCAAAUAAGAAACAAGUAAUACUACUACAACUACGACUACUACUACUUCUACUACUACUACUACUACUAAUAAUAAUAAUAAUAAUAAUUGGCUGUCGUUUCUAUUUUCAAAAUUCUCUUGUGUGUGAGAAAUCCUCAAACCUGAAAAAGAAUCAGAAACAUCCUUAAAAACAAAGAAACCAAAAAAAUGCAAUAUGCUGAGUGUGCAUUACAUCCUGGCGAGUCUUGUUUCCUGUACUGAAAUUUCCUCACAUAUGAAAAUGAUCAUUUUACUGAGAAUAAUGCAACUGUUGUCCACUGGUGAAUAGAACACUGAACGAAUGUUGUUAAAUGCUGCUGGCUCUCGCAAAGCAUGUGUAUGCUCCUG